UGUACAUUUCUCUAGAUUUAACAAUUUCCCUCUUCCUCCCCCAAUCCUCAUCAACAAAACCCUCCCAAAAUUGAGAUUCACCUAGAUCCACAACUUCACCCGGUGUAAAAGUGCACAAUUCUUUGAAUACCAUCAAUAGUCACCCGAACUGAUUCAAUCUUUACAAAACAAAUAGUAAGUCAUUCUAUACUUAAUUCUAAUCCUUUGCUCAUAAAUACUCAAUCUCGUGCUGUCAUUCUCCACCUCAAAAGUUGAAAUUUCACCCUAACUCAUCAACCAUUCUUCUCUUUUCAAUCUUACAUAAAAAAUGUCUGAUCUUUACACACAAUCUCAGCUCAUCCCAAACCUACCAAAUGACAUAGCUUUACAAUGCUUAGCCAGAGUUCCACGUUACCAUCACGCAAUUCUUUCUCUUGUUUCCAAAUCUUGGCGUUCCACGAUAAGCUCUACUGCACUCUACACCACUAGAUCGAGAAUCCAUACUACUGAAACUUUCCUUUACCUUAAUCUAAGGAUAAACUCCACUUUCCAGUGGUACACUCUCUUUUCAAGAAACCAAGAAAAACCCAUUAAGGUUUUUCAACUUUCUGCAAUGCCAACUAGGACAAUUGGACCGGCUUUCGCCGUUUUGGGGUCGAAAAUUUACGUGAUUGGUGGGUCUAUUGGUGAUAUACCGUCGAAUAAUGUGUGGGUUUUUGAUUGUAGGUUUAAUUGUUGGGAAAUGGGUCCAAGAAUGAGGGUUUGUAGAGAGUUUGCUGCAGCUGGUGUUGUGGAUGGGAAGAUUUAUGUGUUGGGUGGUUGUGUUGUUGAUAAUUGGGCUAGGUCGAUGAAUUGGGCCGAGGUUUUUGAUCCGAAAACGGGGUUGUGGACCGCGUUGCCGAGUCCGAUUGAGGUUAGGGAGAAGUGGAUGCAUGCUAGUGCGGUCGUGGGUGGUAGAAUGUACGCGAUGGCGGAUAGGGGAGGAGUUGUGUAUGAUGUUGGGGGUUGUGCGUGGGGAAGCGUGUCGAAAAGGCUCGAUCUUGGUUGGAGGGGGAGGGCCGCGGUAGUGGGGGAGUUGUUGUACUGUUAUGAUUAUUUGGGUAAGAUUAGAGGGUAUGAUGUGAAGGAAAAUGUGUGGAAGGAAUUGAAAGGGGUGGAGAAAGGGUUGCCUAAGUUUUUGUGUGGUGCGACGAUGGUGAAUUUUGAUGAUAAGUUGUGUGUUGUGUGGGAAGGUAAGAGGAGUGGCAAGGAGGUUGAUAUUAUGUGUGCGGAGAUUGAAGUAUGGAAGAAUGAAGACGGAGGGUUGAGUGGGAAAAUUUUGUGGUCGGAUAUGAUUCUUGUUGUUCCUAAUGGUGCCUCGAUUGUUCAUUGCUUGGCAGUUGACUUGUGAUGAUUACUACAAACAAGUCGGGUGUGCAGAUUGGAUCUCUUGGAUCUUUGAUGCGCAUAAAAUGAAAUUCAGCCAACACCGUGAUUUUUAAAAAGAUAAUGUGAAAUGCAUUUUGCCUAACCGGUCGGGGUGGUUGAUCGGUCUUCUUGGAUCCUUGAUGCAUACAUAGAACCUAUCUGGCGGGGAUGAGCAUGCCAGACAUCGUGGAUGGGAUCCCAAUGCAUAUACCAUCCCUGUUGUGAAAAUCUUGAAUUGUGGAUAUUGAGAAUGCAAAUUAAGCGAAGCUGUACUUGCCACACUAAAAUAGUUCUAUAAAUGCUUUGAGACACAAUUGAUGCUUUUAUAUAUUGUUUUAUUAAUCAACAUGAUUUUAUUCACUGUCGUGAUAAUUGAAAUGUUUCUAUUAAAUGCUUUGAUAAACUGAUAAUUGAAGGAUACCUUUAUAUAUUUAGAAACAAUUUCAUUUUAAAUUCUCAUUUUGCCCUUAAUGAGAUGAUUUAUAGUCACACAAAUGCUUAUGGUUUGUUCAAACCACAAGUUUCAAAAAUCUUUCUUCAUGGACUAUUUAUCUUAAUGUACUUUUCACAAUCCUCGUUUCUAGUUGUUAAGAGUUCAGAGUCAGACCCAUCCCAAUUCUUUGUUCACUGAUAUUAGGCCCCAUAUUAUAUUGUCCACGCUCAUGUUAACGAGGUUUGGGUGUGCGGAGAGUGUUGAGCCCCACAUCGCAUAUGGGAUGGGUAAUUGAUCUCGUUAUAUGGACUUGGAGAAUCCUCACCCCAGAGCUAGCUUUUGGGGCUAAGUUAGACCCAAGGUCCAUUUCUUUAUCAUGGUAUUAGAACUAGACUCAUCCCAAUCCUUUGUUCAUCAAUGCUGGCCCCCAUAUUAUUGUCCACGCUCCAUUUAAUGGGGUCUGGGCAUACUGGGAACUGUUAAGAGUCCCACAUUGGAUAUGGGAUGGGUAAUUGGUCUCCUUAAAUGGACUUGGACAAUCCUCACUGUAUGAGCUAGCUUUUGGGGUUGAAUUAGACCCAAGCCCAUUUCUUUACAGUAAUUUAUGCUUAAUUUAUUAGUGUAUAAACUAUUUUUAGAAAAAUCAUGGGCCUACAUACCAUCUUGUGCUCACGCUUUUACAAAGGAACGCUAUUCUUGGAUUUACUGUUGUUGAGUUGAUGUGAGUUUGUUGGCCUUCAUUAUAUGCUGAAUAUCGUUGAAUGGAAGGCUGAUGUGU